GUUGAAUUUAACGAAUCGUGUUGAGGUUCGCUUUUUCAACGAAGAAAAAGAAGAAAACAAAUUAAGAAUUGAAUGGCGUUACUGAAAGUGGAAGCAAUAGCAAUAAUCCAUUGUCAAAAAUAUAACCAAUUUAACAAAGUUUACAUAAAUUUGCGUAAAAAGUGACGUAAAAACGCGGUACUGAAUCGCGUUAUUAGCCAAAGCGGCUAAUGUAGAGAAACGCGAAACAAUUUAGAAGUGCCAGCUAAAUAGCGGCGAUUUUAUAAGUGUGCCUACGUAUGUGUACUUUUUUAUUUGGGAAAGCGAGGAUUUUUGGUCGUCGACGACAACGGCCAUCACAUUAAACGGGAAUAACUGAAACAAUUAAUCUGAACCCUCCGGAUUGAGCCUGCUUGUGUCUUAAUAAAAGUAAUACUGAAAGUACUCUUGUAAUUUUGGCGCAAGAUUUUAAAGUUUUCACCUUGAUGUGAACUGUUAUAUUCUCCUGGCCACCAUACAAGCUAUCAAUAUAUUUAAAAUAUGUGAUUUUGAAUACUCCGUAUAAAGUGAGCUAUUUGUGUUUAAAGAAAGUGCAUUUUAUGAACGUGUGCAUUGUAGAUUUUGCAGAACGCUUGUGAAAAAAGUCGUGAAGAGUGAAAAUAUAGUCGCGGUAGCCGCUAUGGCCACAGCAGCAUGCAAGCAGGCAGGCAGAAAAAUGUGAGCCAUGCAAAGAGGCUGCGUUGUGAAAGAAAAGAAACGAAGCAGUGACAAGAAGCAACAUUUAGCAGUUGAAGAAAAAACGACAGAGAACCAAAGGUAGAAGGCGUACAAGAGAAAAAGGUUAAAGAAGAGUGGAAGGAAGAUAGGCGAAGAAGAAAAAGAAGAAGACUUUAGAAGGAGAAGUAGCCAUAGCAGUUGCAGCAUAGUAAUUAUUGUUUUGAGACAUUGCGAGUGAUAUUUUGGUAUAGCAUUUAAUUACAUGUAGUUUUAAUAAUUUAUUGUGUGUGAAUCUGUGCAAGUGUAAAUAAAAACCAACAGAUUUGUGGUUGAACUAAAGGCAGCCCUUGGCUGCAGGCUGCCCGACAAGACACCAGCCGUGUCGCAGCGGACGUACCUAAAAGUGGAUCAACUACUAUUGAAAUCUUAAUUUGAUUACUAUGUCGCCAUAUAUUAAGAAAUGAUAACAACAGUAAGAAAAAUGCACAGAUUUGGUAUUCCGGAGUGUUUGUCCAAUUCCCUCAUAUAAACCGCAUUGAAUCACAGACAUCGUAAAAAUUCAAAGAACUGCACUUAAAUUGAUAUGUUCUUUUUAGCAAAGUGCAUUUAUAAGGAACACAAAAUCUGCAGAUGAUUGUACAUCCAAAUGUGCCAUUGGAAUUAAUAAUUAAAAUUAUAAUUGAAAAAGAAACCGGCUUCAACAAGAGAAGAUAGUGAAUUAAUAUUUAAAGGAUAUCUCCUUUAUUUAACCGCACAUACUUUUAUAACGAAGAAAGCCGCGGAAUCUUUAUUUUUUUAUUGCCGAGGUGAGUCAAAAAGCCGUCAACAUUAGGAAGAAAAAUACUACGAAUAUGACCCAUCAUCUCGGUAUGGCUCCAUAUCGUUUGACGGGUCCAGCAGGUGGGCUAUGCCCUCCUGAUUUUAAGCCGCCACCUCCAACGGAUAUAAUUUCGGCACCGAGUAAUCCAAAAAAGCGACGGAAAACAUCCAAUGCGAAUUCUGUAGCGGCAGCAGCUGCAGCGGCGGCAGCGGCGUCAGCAGCUGCUAAUUCUAUGCAAUCACAAGCUCCUCCCACUCCUGCAGAUUUGUUACCGCCUCCUCCAAUGGGAGGUUUCGGGGAUACCAUCGUCGCUUCUAACCCAUUUGACGACACACCUCCCAGUAUGUCAAGUAGCAGUAUGUCUAGCAUGAACCAUAUGGUAGGCCCGGGUCAUUUUGGCGGUAGUAUGGGUGGUCCACAUAUGGGAAUGGGAGGUCCUCAUGGUCCACCACCGCACAUGCAUCCACAUAUGCAUCCUCAUCAUCCCGGUGGGCCACCGCAUCCACAUCAUAUGGGUGGUCCACCUAUGCGAGGAAUGAGUCCAAUGGGAAUGGGUAGCCCUAUGGGCGGACCAGGUCAUCCAAUGGGACCUGGAGUUGGACUACCGCCGCAUAUGAAUCAUGGACGAGCAGGUGGGCCAAUGGGUAGUCCUAUGGGAGCAAUGUCAGCAAUGGGCGGAAUGAGUCCAAUGGGAGGUAUGGGAGGACCCAGCAUAUCUCCACAUCACAUGGGAAUGGGAGGAUUGUCUCCUAUGGGUGGACCAGGACCAGGGCCGGGACCUGGGCCUAACGGACCACGUGCAAUGGGAUCACCAAUGGGAAAUCCGCCUGUAGGUACCGGAGGAGGACCACCUGGCAUGUCUCAUGGGCCUGGACAAGGAUCGCCAAUGAACUCGUUGCCAAUGGGAUCACCUAUGAGUAGCGCGAUAGGUAGCCCGCUUGGUCCACAUCCACCUCAUCAUCAACAACAGUCUCAGUCUCAACCUCCGCCGCAUAUGAACAAUGGUCAGAUGGGUCCACCAACAAUGCAUAGUCCGCUAGGGAAUGGUCCAGCGAAUCUUAGCCAUUUAGCAGGGGGACCAGGACCUGGACCUGGUGGUCCUUUGUCGUCUCAACAGUUAGGAACAAAUAUGAUGGGCAACAUGAGUGGACAAUGUAGUAAUAUUGGUCCAGGAGGAAAUUCCCCUGCUGGUACAGGACCUGCAAAUAAUCAGAAUAAUAGCAAUAACAGCAACAACAACAACUCAAGUAAUAGCAACAACAAUCAGAAUCAUCAUCUCUCACCUGCGGGGCGUAUGGGAGGUGCGACGUCUCUCAGCAACGGACCUAUGCCACCGUCAUCAUCGUCGGCAACGACGGCAACAUCAUCAGGAUCGUCCAUUUCUGUACCAUCAUCUUCGCCUGCGCCAGGAGGUGUGAAUCCUGGAAUGUCUCCGCUUCAUUCAUUAAGUGGGAACAUCAGUGGAGGCCCCGGGCGGAGCCCUAGUAUGAUAAAUAACGCCGGUUCAGGAUCUGGUCCUGGACCAAGCCCUUUACAAUCACCUUCGUUGGGUAGUGGUGGCAGUGGAAAUAUCGGUGCUAGUCCAAUGGGAUGUGGUGUAGGCGGCAACACAACUGGUCUGAACAUAGGUCCUGGUAGUGGUAAUAGUAGCAAUAACAACAGCAACAACGCAAACAAUGGACCUAUGAACGCGAAUAGUAGUGGUCAGAUGAGCGGUCAAAUGCAGCAACAGUUGAACGCAAAUGUUCCUAUGCAGCAGCAACAACAACAGCAGUCUAUGACGCAUGGUGGUAAUGCGGGUGUUGGACCUGCUGGACAAAUGCAAAUGAACAAUAGCGGUGGUCCAGGAAGUAUGGGUUUAAUGGUAGGCCAAGGACCUGGUAGUCAAGGGAGUGCCUCUGGUCAAGGGCCAUCCGGAAUGUGCGGCGGCGGACCCAAUCAAAUGCUUCCACCUCAACAACCACAUAUGGGACCAACGCAACAACAAUUAAUGAAUCAUCCACAUCACCAUCCAGGUGGACCAAUGCCACCUCACAUGAUGAACGCAGGACCCAACUCGCAUAUGCACGGACCUGGAGGUAUGAUGCCUCCACACAUGGGGGGUCCCGUAGGCCCUAAUCAUCCACAUCCACCGCAUCAUAUGAUGGGUACUCAUGGCGGCGGUUCGCACAUAGGUCAUAUGGGCGGUGUACCUGGACCAGGCGGCAAUGGGCCUGGUGGCGGCCCUGGUGGUAUGAACGGACCCCCACACCCACACGGUCAUCAUCCGCAUGCACAUCCUCAUGGACCGCCGCACACGAUGGGCGGACCCAAUCCAAAUAUGUUCGGUCCUGGUGGCCCGAUGGGUCCAGGCGGCCCAAUGAGCGGCCCAGGUGGUCCGAUGGGACCUGGUGGUCCAAUGGGUGGCCCCAUGGGGGGUCCUAUGGGCCCAAUGGGUGGUCCAGGUGGACCAAUGGGUAACCUUGGCAGCGGAAUGGGCGGCCCAAAACCUAUGCCAAUGGGCACAGGUAAAAUGUAUCCACCCGGCCAACCGAUGGUCUUCAAUCCACAAAAUCCCAAUGCGCCACCGAUAUACCCAUGCGGCAUGUGCCACAAAGAAGUCAACGACAACGAUGAGGCAGUAUUUUGUGAAUCUGGAUGUAAUUUCUUCUUUCAUAGGACGUGUGUGGGUCUGACGGAGGCGGCAUUUCAAAUGCUGAAAGAUGAGGUGUACGCGGAAUGGUGCUGUGACAAGUGUCUGUCUUCCAAGCCAAUACCUAUGGUAAAAUUUAAAUGUUGAAACAACACUUGGACAGCGCAUUAGCGCUUUGGCUUAGAACUUAAUUAACAGGCAGAAAUAGUGGGUAUAUCGAGCUGGCGUAGUGACAACACAUACAUCUUUACUAUGGCCGCCAGCUAUGAAAAAAGGUUGUUAUUGGUGCCGAGUAACAUUGAAAUGAAAGCAGGAGCAACAACGACACAAGACACAAAACACCAAUGUAGUAUAAUAGUAAAAAUAAUUUCGGGAAAUGACGGCGAAUAUGAAAACUGUUGGCAGCACCUGACGCACAAUGGACGGCCCAAUCAUACAAACAAACACACAUAUUCACGCUCACCUACAAUCACAUAUAAACUUACUACUUUGUAUAAAUUAAAUUGAAAUGCAAACAACUAAAUAGAAUUAAGAUAACACCAUUAAAUAAUAUAGGAAGUAUAACAUACAGAAAAAUGAAGUCGUGAAAUAGAAUUUUUGAAUGAGUGGAUCAAAUAGGCAUAUGCAGUAUGCAGUUAAUGAAAGUAACACACGUGCAAACACGCAGUAAAGUCGAUCGAACCAAACGUAAUUUAAAGGGAAUAAAGUGCAAAACGGUGCAAACUAAGUUUAAGCUGAAAAUAUGCGCUAAUAUUCCAAAAAUAAAUCCCAUCCCCAACCGUUUACACCAUCGGACGUUAAUUUAAAUUUGGCGAACACAAACUGCUUUAUUAUUUGCACGGGCAGCGCGUAAUACACAAAUAAAUUCAAUACAACGAGUCGGUCCAACUAAAUACUACAAUUAUCAAUCAAAUUCAAAUUGUUAACCAUUUAUGGCUUUUAAUGGAAAUAAAUUUCCACACCAAUUCUUAUUAAUAUUUGUAUUUUUUAAAUUUAAUAUGAAAGAAUGGCCUGGAAUUUUUGAAAACGUUGAACAUUUUUCAUUUCAACUCGUCUGUUUAUAUCUAAAUUUAACGGCAUUUUUGUGUAUCGGAAAUUUGUUACUCAGUAAGCCAUUUAUUCUUUCAAAUUCUUGUGUAGAAAACCUUGUAAUACACGAUACAGUUUAGGUGAAGUUGCUCAACUAGAAAUUAAAUAAAGUUUCUCACUCAAAUGGUAUUUAUUAAAUUAGCUUAUGUGAAUUUAAACUUUUAUGGGUUUAUGAAACUUGUACAUGAAAAAAUCUCAGUAAAUCGCAGCAUUAAAAAGAACCGAAGUGUACUUUGUUUGGAUAUAUUAUGGCCAAACCUAAAACCUUUAAGAAACUGUUUUCUACUUAUUGCUGUAUUGCUGUGUGUUGCGACGUAUAUUUAUAUAAUUUAAUGUUAGUGUUAUUCCCUGCGCCAUCUGUUUGAUUUUUACAAUUUUUCAUUAUUAUUUUUUUACCUUCGUUCACUUUAGUUUUAUGUUUGUGUGUAAGUGCUCCGUUUUCUAACAAAACAAUUUUAUUAUGAAAGAUAAUUCUGCAUGUGUAAAUCAAAGAUAACAAUAAAAGAACAAACAAGUAAUGUUGAAAAUGAAAAUUAUGACAAAAAACAUACGAAAGCUGUAAUUGCCGAAAUGUAAAAUUUACUAACUAACAAAAAUUAACAUAGUUAUAAGUUAUACUUAUAUAAGUAAUUGAUCAUUGAUUGAUUAUAAGACGAAUUAAUUAUGCAAUGAACAAUUAUACGAAAAUUAAAAAUAAAAUAAACGAAAGCAAAAAUAGGUAAACUAACAAUAAAAUACGCAAACAAUGAAUAAUAAUAAAAUAAGUACUAAAAUAUAUUAACUGGGAAAGCCAAUAAUAAUGUGUAAUAAGCAGUUGUAGCAAAUAAAAAUUAAAAGCAAAACAACAAUUAAA